AUGGAUACACUUACGAAUCGACUGCAACAGGGCAGUCAGUACUUUGUUUACACGAGGGAUCAGCUGUUCGCACUGCGGACAAGAAAUCAUGCUGGCAAAGUUUACCCCAUACCGGAGGAGCUGUUGAGACGCUACCGUGGAAGCAGAGCUGGGGCGUUGGUGAAGGCUAGGCGCCUGCAGAAGCUGUGGAGGUUUAAACCAGCUAUUCCUUCGUUUGUAAUGGGGAAUGUAAACUCGUUGGCCAACAAGACAGAUGAGCUGGCAGCCCUGGUGAUGAACGUGAAGUUGUACAGAGAGUGCAGCUUACUGUGCCUCACGGAAACCUGGCUAACCAGCAACAUCCCGGACCUCAACGUGGAGCUACCCGGCUUUACUACGGUGAGAGCGGACAGAGACCUUAAGCUAAGUGGCAAACGGAAAGGGAAAUCCAAUCACAAUCUGGUUUUCCUACAACCCAAAUACACACCAAAAGUGCGCAGGCAACCAACCACCACGCGCUCCUUCAGGAAAUGGACUCCUGAGGCAGAGGAUGCCCUCAGGGACUGCUUUGAGUCAACUGACUGGGGUGUGCUGCAGGACUCUUUUGGAGAGGACAUUGAAGGGGUCACACACUGCACUACUGACUACCUGAACUUUUGUAUGGACAUUGUCGCUCCCACUAAAAUAGUGCGCUGCUUCCCUAACAACAAGCCCUGGAUUACCUCUAAUGUUAAACAUCUCCUCAACAUGAGAAAGAGGGCAUUCAAAGAGGGGGACCAGGCAGAGCGGAAGCGCGUACAGGGAGAGCUGAAGACCAUGCUGAGAGAGGCAAAGGACUCAUACAGAAGGAAGGUGGAGCAGAAGCUGCAGGAGAACAACAUGAGGGAGGUGUGGGAUGGCAGGAAAACCAUCACAGGCUGCAAGAAGAGCGGCAGCACUGUUGAGGGGGAUGUGGUGAGGGCAAACCAGUUUAACCACUUCUACAACAGCCAGUGUGGCCCCACUCCCUCCAGCUUCCAGCCCUCUGCCGCUCUCCACAGCUGCACCCCUCCCCCCCCCCCCACCAUCACGGCGGAUCAGGUCACAGGAGAGCUGAGGAGACUGCGCCCCAGGAAAGCAGCCGGCCCCGAUGGAGUCUGUCCAAGACUCCUCAAGGCAUGCGCGGUGGAACUGGGUGAGCCUCUGCAGCAUCUCUUCAACCUGAGCCUCCAACUGGGGAAGGUGCCUGCUCUGUGGAAAACUUCCUGCCUCAUCCCCAUCCCGAAGAAGACGCACCCCAGUGAGCUGAAUGACUUCAGGCCAGUCGCUCUUACAUCACACAUAUCUAAGACCAUGGAGCGACUGCUGCUUCGCAACCUCAGACCUCAGGUACGCCAUGCACUUGACCCGCUGCAGUUUGCAUACCAGGAGAAGGUGGGCGUGGAAGAUGCCAUCGACUACCUAAUGCACAGGGCUCACUCUUAUCUGGACAAGGGGAAAGGUGCUGUGAGAAUCAUGUUCUUUGAUUUCUCCAGUGCCUUCAACACCAUCCAGCCGCUCCGACUGAGUGACAAGCUCGUGCAGAUGGGUGUGAACGCCCACCUGGUAUCCUGGAUCACUGACUACCUGACGGAGAGACCACAGUUUGUCAGGCUGAAAGACUGCGUAUCUGAGACUGUGUUGUGCAGCACCGGCGCUCCACAGGGGACUGUGCUCUCACCUGUCCUGUUUACCCUGUACACAUCAGACUUCACCUACAACACAGAGUCGUGCCACAUCCAGAAGUUCUCUGAUGACUCUGCUGUUGUGGGAUGUAUCAGGGAUGGACGGGAGGGUGAGUACAGGAGCCUGGUAGACAACUUUGUGCAGUGGUGUAGGCAUAACCACCUGCAGCUGAACGCCACCAAGACCAAGGAGAUGGUGGUGGAUUUUAGGAGGUCUCAGUCUCUUCUGCUACCAGUCUCCAUCGGGGGUGUCAGUGUGGAGGUGGUCAACACCUACAAGUACUUAGGAGUUCAUCUGGACAGUAAACUGGACUGGUCAGCCAACAUAGAUGCCAUCUAUAAGAAGGGUCAGAGCUGGCUCUACUUCCUGAGGAGGCUGAGGUCUUUCAAUGUCUGCAACAAACUCCUGCGCAUGUUUUACCAGUCUGUUGUUGCCAGCGUCCUUUUUUAUGCUGUGGUGUGCUGGGGAGGCAUCAUGAAGAAGAGGGAUGCAGGGCGACUAGACAGGCUGGUGAGAAGGGCAGGAGCUGUUGUUGGCAUGGAACUGGACUGCCUAACAUCAGUGGUGGAGAAAAGGACAUUGAGUAGGCUGCUGACCAUCUUGGACAAUGACCACCACCCACAACACACCGAUGAACCUCUGACCCAGCAGUCGGGAGGGGAUGUUGUGAUCGGAGGGCUUUUCCCUCUGCAUUAUGUGGCUCCGAAGCAACAUCAAAGUUACCAGAGCAAACCUCAGCUCACACCUUGCAGAGGCUUUGACUACAGAGCCUUCCGCUGGAUAAUGACCAUGGUGUUUGCUGUGGAGGAAAUAAACCGUAAUUUGAGCCUGUUACCUGGAGUAAAACUAGGAUAUAGGAUUAUGGACAGCUGUGACCAUGUCCACACUGGCCUGAAAGCUUUUUUGUCUUUAGAAAAUGAAACAGGGGAGACAAUAGAUAGGAGUACACAGUCUCAAAUUGUGCCCUCAUGUCUAGCUGACUCUCCUGUGCCGGCUGUGAUCGGCCUUGCUUCCUCUUCCCCUACAAGAGCUGUAGCUCACACCCUUGGUCCUUUUAACCUCCCACUGGUGAGUUAUUUUGCCACUUGUACCUGUCUCACUGACAAGUCUAAGUACCCAUCAUUCUUGCGGACUGUGCCAAGUGAUCUCUUUCAAGUUAGAGGUCUUGUUCAGAUGGUCACCUUCUUAGGCUGGUUCUGGGUGGGCACAAUAGGGACAACGGAUGACUACAGUCACUAUGCUAUCCAAGAAUUUUCCGGCCAGUUAAGACAACAAGGAGGGUGUCUGGCAUUUCAUAUGACCAUCCCGAAAUUACCCACAGCGGCAGUGAUACAAAAAAUGGCAGACAGGCUACAGAGUUCAACCGCAGUGGUAGUGGUGGUGUUUGCCAGAGAGGGACAAAUGCUAGAAUUGAUCUUAGAGCUGGCUCAGAGAAAUGUGACAGGAAUCCAGUGGGUAGCUAGUGAAGCGUGGGUAACUGCUAGCAUGCUGGCCUCACCCCGCUUCCACUCUCUCUUAGAGGGCACGCUGGGCUUCUCUUUCCCUGGAGUCAGGAUCCCAGGCCUGAAAGAGUUCUUGUUGAACAUCCGCCCUUCUCCACAACCUGGGAUGGAUUUUGUUAACAUGUUCUGGGAAGAGCUGUUUAGCUGCAGGCUGGAGUUUAGAGGAAACCAAUCAGCUGAUGCAAACUAUAAAGGUGCUGCUGAAAAGCCUGUAUGCACUGGUUCAGAGGAUGUGAGGGACAUUGACAGCAGCUUUACUGAUGUAUCUCAGGUCAGAGUAUCCUAUAAUGUUUAUAAAGCUGUAUACGCUAUCGCCCAUGCUCUUCACACUUUAUUAAACUGUGAUUCUGGAGAACAUUAUGGAAAGUGUGAUAAUAAUAAAUCAUUCACUUCUGGGCAGUUGCUGCAACAUCUGAAGAAAGUGAAUUUCACUAACCAGUUUGAGGAGAACAUUUCUUUUGACUCCAAUGGAGAGCCGGUCCCUCUCUAUGAAAUCAUUAACUGGCAGAAGGAUAGCGAGGGUGAAAUUAGAUUUAUAAAAGUGGGAAGCUAUGAUGGUUUGGCUCCACUGAAAGAACAGUUGCAGAUAAAGCAAAGCACAAUUGUGUGGACAAGUGGACAGUCACAGGUGCCUGCAUCUCUUUGUAGUUCACCAUGCUCCCCUGGCAGCAGACAGGCCAGACGUCCAGGAGAGCCCCACUGCUGCUUUGAUUGUUUGCCCUGUGCAGACGGAGAGAUCAGCAACCAGACGGGUUCCACUGAGUGCACAAAAUGUGCUGAAUACUACUGGUCAGACAGAGACCAGGUGAAAUGCGUCGCUGGGGUCGAAGAAUUUCUGUCUUUCCACGAAAUCAUGGGCGUCAUCCUGGUGACACUCACACUGCUUGGCGUUGUCCUGACAACCAUCGUCACUGCUGUCUUUCAACGUUUUCGUUCCACACCGAUCGUCAAGGCCAACAACUCAGAAAUAAGUUUCCUGCUUCUCCUAUCGCUCAAGCUGUGCUUCUUGUGUUCCCUGGUGUUCAUUGGCCAGCCAUCUGUGUGGACAUGUAGGCUGCGCCAGGCAGCAUUCGGGGUUAGCUUUGUCCUCUGUCUUUCCUGCCUCCUCGUGAAGAGUAUAGUUGUUCUCUUGGCCUUUCAUGCUAAUGCUCCUGGUUCGAGGGCCCUGAAGCAGUUUGGUCUCUCUCAACAGCGGACUAUGAUCCUCUGUACUACAGCUCCUCAGAUUAUUCUCUGUGCCGGUUGUAUUUUGGGUGCACCUCCUUACCCAUUCAAGAACCCAAACUACCAAGCCUCAACUGGAAAAAUUGUUGUGGAGUGUAAGGAGCCAUGGCCUCCUGGAUUUUAUCUGGUCCUGGGCUACAUUGGUCUACUGGCCUUCGUCUGCCUCAUCCUGGCGUUCCUUGGACGCAAGCUACCCGAUACCUUCAAUGAGGCAAAGCUCAUCACCUUCAGCAUGCUGAUCUUCUGGGCUGUGUGGAUCUCUUUCAUCCCAGCUUAUGUCAGCUCCCCUGGAAAGUUCACUGUGGCUGUCGAAGUAUUUGCUAUAUUAGCCUCUAGUUUUGGACUGUUACUAUGUAUAUUUGUGCCAAAAUGUUAUAUAAUAUUACUGCGGCCUCAAAGAAACAUUAGGAAAGGAAUGACGGGAACAUAUCUCACAUGA